UGUUUCCUUGCUGUGUCCUGCAGUCAGGGGGGCGUGGGCUCUUCCCUGCAGGCCAAUGAGAGGGAAGGAGUGAACCAUGCAAAGGAGGAGUGAGCCUACCUUCAGAAAAGUCCCUGCUCCAGUGCUGCAUCUCUGCCCUGAGCUGUGAGCCUGAUCCUGUCCAGCUCCCUGCUCUGCUAGGAAACAGCCUCCCUCUGCUAGCUCCCAAUCAGGCCCCCAGCUCCUGCACUCGAAGUGCCAGAGUGGGAAAUCAGCCUUGAAAGGUCCCUUCCGUGGUUCUGUGCUGUUAUCUGGGACUUUCCAGCCUAGGAGGGAAGCAACUCUCGGCAUCAUAUAUUGGUCUAUGGCAGAGGGAGACCCAUCCAAGCGCUGGGAGCUGGAGAGACAGUUUGUCAAGCAAGCUGAAGCCCGGCUCAGCCAUGGGCUGCAGGACUUAGAGGAAGCACGACUCUACCAAAUGAAUUCAAUGAUCAGAGAGCAGAGGCAGAUCCAGAAGGAGCUACAGAGACUGCAGCAAGGCAAUUCCCGGAAGAAGACCCAUGCGACUCUAGGGGACCUCUCCCAGGAGGUUGGUAAAAGGCCAGUUCUGCCCAUGCUCCCCACUUUGUCAGGGCAGCAGCACAGAAAGAGACAAGCGGAGCAACUGAGAGCACCAAGCAGUACUUUGCCCAAGAUGGAAGGUCUCACACAGACAGCCCAAUCACCCUUGCAGCAUCAGAAAAGCGACCGUGACAUCCUGGAUGAUGAGGGGCAGGAGUCCUGUGGAAGGCAUGGGUCAACUUCAACACGCACCCAGGCCAAAGCUGCAAGCUCCAUCACAGACGUCAGCCUGUCAGACCUCAGGCAUUCCAUCGCUAAGCGGCUGAGCACCACUGCCAAUCCAGCAGAGCAGGAAGAAACCAACAGCCAAGGAGAGCUGGGUACAGGCCCCACAGUGCUGCCCUGUGAACAGACAGAGGCCAGCGAUGUGGAUGGCAGUGACACCACGCCCAAGCCCACUAGCUGCACAGAGAGAAGGAAGCCUUCCCUUGGCCACGAGAAGCUAAGCUCUGAUACAGAUCCCUAUGUCCCUGACAGGAGCCACCUCAGACCCAUGCACAGCAGGCCUGGGUUUCUGGAGUUGUAUGCUGAAGCCAGGAAGGCCCGGUAUAUCCGGCACAAAGGCAUUCCAGCCUCAGAGAAGGAACUCAGCCUGCAAGAGAUCUUUGGGCAUGAAAACAGCUCAGACCCCAGGCCCCCAGCAGCAGAACAGGAGCACCACAGCCCUGAAUGAUGGCUCCUUCCCCUAAGGGAGGCUUGUUAGGGUCAACCACAAGAAAAGGUGGUCUUCCCUGCUGUCUGGAACAGCCAGCUAGCCGGGGUUACAGAUUCAUAGAUGGUAAAUGUUAGAGGUCUUAUUCCUUCACCCACUCACUUCGCUGGUCCUUCUUGCAUGAACAGACAGCAACAAUACCUGAAGUCCAAAGGUGCAAACAAUUCAAUGUUU